AGUCUCCCAACACUGUGUUUGCCCAACUUAAAUGCAAACUUACCUUAAAAGUGACAAGUGAGUUUGAUGUAUAUUUUCGUAAGACAAAAUUAAAAAUAAAAAUUUCGAUAACAGAUGUAAAUAGUGAAAAAUAGUGUACACACCCUGGAAGAAGAGAUUUAGAAUUAAUUAUGUCGCCUGAACCAACGCAUCAACCAAUGAAUCAAGAUUUCAUAACCGAAAAUUCGUCAAUAAAUAGAAUAGCAGAAAAUCAUGAAUCAGACAGUGAUGAUGAUGAAAUUGAAACAGCGGGUUAUUUACCAUUGUCUCAAGUACCAACAGAUAGUGAUUUGAUUAUUGAUCAUCCUGAUAAUGAUAAUGAAGAUGAUGAAUCGAUUUCAUCGAUAAUUGAUUCAACUCCACAAAUAGCAGUACCAAUACCUGAACUACAAUCACAACCUACACCAGAAACUCUUCAUCUUUGGAGUUCAUCUGCAAAUAAUAAUUCUAAUAUUGAUCUUGAUCCUGUAAAAAUAAAUCAAGUGAAAUCAAUGAUGGCUAACUUUGUUUUACCCGAAACAGCGAUUCCGGAAUGGGCUAGUACAGUAACAGAAGAUAUGUGGAAAAGUCAACUUGUAAAUCGGAUAAAAGAGAUACGAAAAGAACUCUAAUUAACAAAACAUUAUAUUUAUAUAAUUUAUAAUUACAUGGUUGAUGAUUGUAUGUAAAUAUUAAUUAAAAUUUAUUUAUAUUUGUAAUUAUUUGUUGGAAUAAACUAAUUAGUAUUGAAACUA